AUGAAAUCAGGAAGCAUAGAGGCUGGGCCCGAAGCGUUCCAAAGCUACAUCAAAGUAGAAGAAGUCGGCACAUCAACCUCUUCUGGGCAUAAGCCGCUUACCGUUGGCGGCUGGGCUCAGGCUCGUGACCAGCCUGUAUAUGAGAACUUCGAUAUACAGGCUGGUAUGUCUGAGUUUAAAUCCCCGUACCGCGCGGCUCCCACGCCAGUUUCCAUAAGCGGUUCGACAAUUUUUGACCUCCCCUUAACAAUCCGGUCCGGCUCACGCCAAAUCAUCCCGCCCUGCGAUUCGCUUUUUUCUCCGUCCACUGCUUCCAACGUCAAGUCAUCUCUCAGCUAUGCACCACAGAAGCGCAGCCGAUAUACUGGCAUCUGCCACAUUUGCGCCGACAAAGAAAACCCGAAAACCUGCAAAAGCGAACCCUCUAGCUUCCGACAUCGGUUCCAGCAAAUUUUCUGCGUCUCCUUCAAUAUCCCAGCUUGCGCCGAGCGACGCCAAUCCUCUGACCACCGCAAAUUCUUACAUACCACCAACUUCUAUCACAUUCACCCCAACAUCGACGCCGAUACAUUUUUGACAUUGAGAAAGGAGGAAGUUGGGGGUACUUCGGGUAUAUUCUUUAACGCCGAAUGUAUUAUAUAUUUUAGCCUCCCGGUGAAUUUUCUGGGUUUGGUGUUCAAUGAUACAGACGUGUGGUAUAUGAGAAAACGCGUCAAUUUCACGCCAUUAAUUCAGUGGAAACGCGGUGCGCGUCAUGCGACACGUGCGGAUUGUUUAGGGGAGGUCAGAAACCAUCGAACCAUUUAUGGAAACUGGCGUGGGAGCCGCGCGACGGUCACCGGUCUAGUCGUCGAUUGUACUACUUUCUUUGAUAUUCAGAAGCUGCGGCGACUCCAACGUGCACGCAUGGAUUAA